CUAGUCCCCCGUGGCGUCUGGCGAUAUGCCGUGCUCUUUCCUCUUUCCUCCAAAAUUCCUCUGAUCUCUUGCUUCAAUCAUCCUUUUGCUGAUCGAUUCUCUCGUAUCCCUCUCCAUCUAUCUCCUUUUCGAUCUCUCAAUCCACUUUUUGGUCCUUCUCCCCUCCUCCCCUGCCCAGCUCUCUUCCUCUUCCAUCUGACACCUCCACUUCUACUCAUAUCGAUCCUUCGAUCCAGGCCAGUUCCAACUUCUCUAGCAUCUGAUUAGUGUGAUCUGCCCCGGUUCAAGCCGAUUUGUUGGUAGACAUAAGUUCCAGGCUGGAACCAAUCUGUCAGCAUCUCAAGCGGCGCGCAACCUGGUCGCAGAUUGAAGAGUUCGCCAACGCGCCCCUGCUGAAGAAGGAGGCGAUGCCCCAGGAGCCACCACUGCCAUGAAGAUGAUAGGAUGGAAUUGUCAGGGCGCCGGCUGGGAUCUCGACAAAUCCAGGAAAAUGGAUUACCUUGCCAACUUAAUGUCAUCCACGAGAGCUCAGGUUUGCUUCAUUUCUGAAACUAGAUCCUCGAGGUAUAGUUCUUCUCAGCUUAAUAACCGUUUCAGUAUAACUGAUAGCUUUGUAGUUCCAUCAAAAGGUCGAUCCGGUGGCCUUUGGUUGAUUUGGUCUGAUGAAGUUUGUGUCUCCGUCAAGUUCUUUAACCACUACAUGAUAUUAGCUUUAGUUGUAGAUAAAGCUACUAAUGUUGAUUUUGUGCUGGCUUGUAUAUAUGGUGAUCCGCAUCACCGGCACACUAAGAUGAUUUGGGAACAUGUUUCCAACUUUGUUCAUGAAAAUUUAGGCAAGCCGGUAGUCUGUUUAGGGGACUUGAAUGACAUCAUGUGUGGUAUGGACACCACCUCAAUUAAUGUAAAUAAGUAUCGCAUACAUGCUUUUAAUUCCUACGUUAAGCAGUGCGGCUUGUUUGACUUGGGCUUUAGUGGUCCGGCUUAUACUUGGACGAACAAACGCUUUUCGUCUACUCCUAUCUUUGAGAGACUUGAUCGGUGUCUUGCUAAUGCGGAAUGGUGUGCUAUUUUUCCUAGCACUAAUGUUUUUAAUCUACCUAUCAUCCUUAGUGAUCAUGCACCUAUUCUGAUUUCUACCGAAUCCAAGUUUCAUAAACCUAAACUUCAAUUCAAAUUCGAAAAUUGGUGGACUUAUGAAGAUGAUUUUCAGGGUGUCGCAAAAAAUGCUUGGAAUGCUUCUAGUAAAAAACCCUUCCAUGCUAGAACCACUAACCUUGCAGGAACUUUGAAGAGAUGGUGCAAAAAGAAAAGGCCUAUCCAACAGCAGCUUGAUUGCAUACAAAAUCAGAUAAAAGAAAUCCAAAUGAAGCCAGUGCAACUCCAAGACUAUAACCUGGAGGUUAGUCUUAUUGCCCAAUAUGAAGAAAACCUGACCAAGCUCACUGAAUAUUAUCGACAACGUGCAAAAAAACACUGGGCUACUCAAGGAGACAGAAACACUGCCUUCUUUCAUAAUGCAGUUCAGAAACGUAAGCGUCGCAAUCGUAUUGUCUCUAUUAGGGAUGCCCACGGAAAUGAUAUGUUUGAUCCGGCUGAUAUUGCAAAUGAAUUUGUGCAUUACUUUAGAUCUAUUUUUCGUUCCUCGUUUACUAACCAUGACAGGCCCAUCGCAAAUACAACAUUGCCACAAGACACUAAUGACUUCACUAAUUCAGUACCCGAUAAGCAAGAGGUUUGGGCAAUACUCAAAUCCAUGAGGAAAAAUGCUUCACCAGGACCAGACGGUUUUAAUGUGGCAUUUUAUGUAUCGGCCUGGGAUUGGAUUGGAGAUGAUGUAACAAAUGUGGUAAGGAAUUUCUACAUCACAGGUAUUCUUCCAGCACACCUUAAUGAUACCCAGAUUGCUCUCAUCCCAAAGAAACUUGCUUGCCAUCUUCCCUCUGAUUUUAGACCCAUAAGCUUGUGUAACGUGGUUUACAAAAUUAUUGCAAAAUCCUUAGCCAACAGAUUGAAAGAGCGCCUUCCUGAUUACAUUCACCCCUCUCAACAAGCUUUUAUUGAAGGUAGACGUAUAAGUAAUAAUAUUAUUGUUGCCCAAGAGAUUGCCCACUCUUUCUCUCUUACUUCUUGGAAAAGCCUGGAUUUCAUGUUAAAAAUUGACCUUGCCAAAGCUUUCGAUAGAGUAGAGUGGCACUUCAUUGUUUCGGCUCUCGCUCGUAAAAGGUUUCAUGAUCAUUUCAUAAAUCUUGUGUAUGCAUGCAUUUCAUCGCCGACAUUCUUUGUGAUUAUUAAUGGCCAAUCUUAUGCGAAUUUUAGAAGUAGCAGAGGUAUUAGACAGGGAUGUCCUUUAUCUCCAUAUCUUUUUUGUUUUUGCGGUAAAUGAACUAUCUCUAAUGCUACAGGAAGCCCUACAAGCCAAUCAUCUUACAGGUAUUUCACUAGGACCGGAAUGUCCUCCUAUUCACUCUUUGAUGUUUGCAGAUGACAUUAUUGUUUGUGGCAAAGCUAACAUGCAGGAAGUUCAAACUAUCUCUCAUAUUUUGGAUCACUUCUGCCAUGAUUCAGGUCAAACCCCAAACUGGACCAAAUCUGGAAUUCUAUUUAGCAAAAAUGUCACCAUGCAGGUUAAAGAAGAUAUCAAAAGAAUCUUUCCAGCUUCUGACAUCAACAGCUCCUAUGUUCAUUUAGGACACCCUCUAGUUUUGCCCUCCAAAGACAGAUCGGCUGCAUAUACCUUUGUUUAUGAUAAAUUUAAAUCCAAGCUCUCCACCUAUAAAGCGAACAGACUAUCUCAUGCAGCCAGAUUAACACUCAUAAAGUCAGUUUUCUCCUCCAUUCCUGUCUACUACAUGUCCAACAUUCUAUUUUCAAAAAAAUUCCUCACAAAACUCACGGCGAUCAUAAGGAACUUUUGGUGGACAGGUGUUCAGAACGAUCAAACGACUAGAAGCCUUUGCCUAAGGGCAUGGGCUGAUGUUUGUAUUGGAAAAAAUAUUGGUGGUCUUGGUAUUAGAAAUUUGCAGGCAACUAAUCAAGGACUUAUUCUCUCAGCGGCGUGGAGAUUGGCAAAAGAACCAGAGAGUCAUCUAGCUCAAAUUCUCAAGGCUAAGUACCAUCAUGAUACUUCCAUUUGGAGAGCCAAACCAAAUAAGCCAAAAUCUGCCUUCUGGUCAGCAAUUUUAAAGCCUUUUGCUUAUCCUGCUCAAGUAAAAGAUCUUUGGAUCCCUGGCCAAAAACUGUGGAACACAAACUUAAUAACUUGUCUGUUCAGUCCUACAACUGCAAAUACUAUUCUCCAAACACCAAUUAUUAAUGCUAAUGGCCAUGAUACUUUGAUUUGGAAGCUAACCCCGACAGCUCGGAACGACACUCUUUUUGGCAGGAAAGUGUGCAGGCCUUCCCAAGUGUUUCCGGCGGCAAACGCAAUAAUCAAAGGAACCGCUUUGGAGAACAAUGAACCAGCUAGGCAACAAGGAAAGGUGCAUGAACAAGAGCAGAUGCAAGCACUGCAAACUCCACAAUCUUGGGAUGCCAACAUCUUUGCAAGGAAUGCCAUAUUUUGUGAUGCAGCCUGGAAGAAAAGCACAGGAAAUGAAAGGAACCAAGCUGGAUUAGGUAUUAUCAUUACCAUGCGGGACAAUCAACACCUGAAGCAAUUGCAUGUUUCUGCACUCUCGCCUCCAGCUUCAACACCUCUACAGGCAGAGACCUACGGGCUACUCUUAGCUACAAGGAUUGCAGAUAUUCUCCAGAUUCAAGAGCCCCAUUUUUACUCUGACAGCUUGGUGUUAACAUUGGCGGCAAAAUCACAGACAGUUUUUGAUGCUCCAGGACAUUGGGAGAACAGACCACUACUUGCAGCUAUCAAGGCUUCUCCCUCUUUCCAUUGCAACAGGAUUACUCACAUCAACAGGAGCAACAACGUCAAAGCAGAUCAUCAAGCACGUUUAGCUCUCAGAAUUUGUAACAAAUCAUUAGCUCUUCGUUGCUUAAGUUCAGAAUUAGGUCAAUGUCCAGGAAGGGACAUACUUGCUGUAUCUAGCGUGACCCCAUUCACGCUGUUGUCUAACCCCUCCGUGCUGGUUCCGCUCGCGUCUUCCGUCCAUGAAUCUGCGGAGAAAUCGUACCCCGGCGCGGCGGCGCAGACCACCCGCGGAGACGCCCGAGAUGAGCAGCAACAUAGGGAGCGACCGGAAGCGCCUCUGGAGAUCGCCGUCUGA